AUGUCAACAACUUUACAGAUUUGCAUCCUCUCAGUCUUAAUAAAAGUCAUUAAGAAUCAAAGCUCUAAAUUAUCAGAAUGGCAAUAUUAUUCAUCAGAAUUAGUUGAUAAUACUUUUCCUUCCACUGGUUGGAAUGCUGUACCUCCUACUUAUACUUGCAAUCCUAUUGUACCUCCUUUUUAAUAAUUCUAUGAUUUCACUGGAUAAUCUUGGUCUAGAAGUAUUGAUCUAACACAGGAAAGAGGAUAUAUGUAAGUAAGAAUAAUUUUUGAUUUAUAUAUUUUUUAAUACCCUCAAGAUUCCAUUUUACAUCUACCUUUUCUUUUUAAAUUUGAUGGAAAUAUAAUCCCAGAUGAUGUUGAUUUAUUUCUAUAAUAAAAUAUAGAUAUAAAUUGUACUUAUUGUAAUUCUAGAGCAUUUACAGAUUUGAAAUAUGCUUUAGAUUUUUAGAUAAACAUACCAUUAAACACUGUAAAUUUUAAUCACUUAUUUGAAAUACGACCACUAGAUGUUACUACUCAAUUUUCAAUAAAAAACUUUAAUAUUUUUAUAAACAAAUGCUCUAAAAAUUGCUUGCAAUGUGAACUAAAAUAAUUCUGCAAAGUUUGUAAGCCAAACUUUUAAUUAUUGUCAAAUUCCUGCAGAUGUUCUUAUCCAAAACCCUUUAUUUUUAAUGACGAUUGCUUUGAUUCCUGUCCUUUAGGCUAUUUUGAUUUUAAUGAAGUUACUUGUAAACCAUAUGCAAGCAAAUCCAUAUUAUUUGUGGAUGAUGUUAAUCAGAAUUUAAUAAAAUAUGAUUAUAUAAAGGAUACUUUGUCUAAUAUUUUUUAUAAAUCGUCAACAUAUGAGGCAGAUUAAGAUGUGCAUGGUCCUUUUAGAUUUAAUGAUAAAAUACAAUAUUCUUUUAGAAAGUCGUCAAUCACUAGCAUUUUAGAAUUUGAAAUCACAAUUUAUCUUUUUGGAAAUUUAGCUGAACUGUCUAGAUUGAUGAUUGAAGUGAAUAAUUAUAGAGUUGCAACCAUCACUUAUAGCUUAAUAACCUCCUCAUUGUUUACCAGAUUUGGUCUUAUCAAAUCAGUUUAGGAUUGUUCACGUAUUGGAUUUUCAAGUUGCAAGAAAGUCUAAUUUUACAUGACACUUUAAACUUUUUUUGAGUAGGAUAUUGUAUUAGGAAUAGGAUCUUAAUUUAACAUAUCAGAUCCUUUCUAUGGCUGGGGAAUAGAUUAGGUCAUAGUGAAUGAAAUUGAACCUGCAAUCUAAUUGCCUUUAGUUUGUACCCUUUGGUAUAAAGGGAAUUGCAUAAACCAAUGCCCUUCUUAUUCAACAUAAAACGGAAAUGUAUGCGAAGAUUAUGACAGCGUCUUUAAGAAUCCACAAUAUAUACUAAAAGAGUUUUAUCCUAAUUAUCUUGUAAGUCCUGAUUAAAAGUUGCUCAUGAAUAUUUUGAAUAUAGCAUGGUAUCAAUUUGAAAGUAGAUUUCUUUAUUUGUUUAAUACGAAAUUAUAUGGUGGUGGUAUUUUACAGUAAAAAUUUCAAAUGUAAAAACCUCAUCGAAAAUUAAGAUUAAUGAUAUCGGUGUUAUUAAUUGAUUGGUAAAAUAAUUCAUAGGAUUAUUUUUUUGAAUUAGUUGUUGGAGUAGGUCUUAAUUAGUAAAGACAUAAAUUUUAUGCUGAUCCAUUAUAUGAGUUUACAAGUUAUCAACUAAAUUAAGAAUUUCCUGAUUAUAUCUAUCGUAAUUACACUAUGGAAUUUAUUCAUUUUUUUAAUACAACCAGUUUAGAAUUCAGAUGUUUUUCACCAUUUGAUGGAUACUGUUCAUUCUUUGAUUAUUUUAUAAUAAUUGAAAAGUGCGAUCAUGGAUGUGAAUAAUGUGAUUCAAAUGGAGUCUGUUUAAAGUAUGAGUUUAGAUUAGAAAACUAAGUUAGUUACUAAUUCAACAAUUACCGAUGUUCGGAUGGUUAUUUUUAUGACUAAGAAUAAUGUAACCCUUGCUUUUUCAGUUGUGGUAAAUGCAAAAUAGAUAUUUGCUUAUAAUGCAAAGAUGGUUUUGAAUUGAAAGAAGGAAAGUGCUUUUGUUAGGGCUCAUAAGCUAAUGAAAUAUGUAAGUAAUAAAAUUAAUGUCCUCAAUAAUGUUAAACAUGUCAAUUAAAUUAUCCAGCGUGUGAUUCAUGUGAUCUCAACUAAUUGAAAGUACUAAAUAUGAAUACAUGUGUAUGCAUAAAGGGCUAUUAUCUCAACCAAGAUCUGGAGUGUAUUCUAUGCAAUCCAAAAUGCAUCACUUGUAAUGGAUAUGAGUCAUGUACAAGUUGUAAUAGUGAAACUAAUAGAGAAUUAUUUGAAAAUAUGUGUGAAUGUAAAUAAGGCUAUUUUGAAAUUGCCCAGAGUAUUUUUUGUCAAUAAUGUCAUCAUUUAUGUGUUAAUUGUUAUUUUGAAUAUGAUCGUUGUACUGAAUGUGAUACUCAACUAUUUAGAUAAUUGUCCAAAGGUAAAUGUGUAUGCUAAACUGGUUAUUAUGAAGACAACCAAUAAGUAUGUUAGAAGUGUAAUCCAAUUUGUUACACUUGCGAAUAGGAUUCACUUUGUCUAAGUUGUGAUAUUGCAGUAAACAGAGUUAUCAACAAACAACAGAUUUGCAUAUGCAAUUAAGGCUAUUUUGAAAAUGAAACAAAUUAAUGUUAAAAAUGUCAUUACUCAUGCAUAUAUUGUAAUUAGUCUGAAGAAUUCAAUUAAUGUACUGCAUGCCCAACCUCUCGUAUUAAAUCUUCUGAUAAAAUGAAUUCUUUUGAAUGUAAAUGUAGAAAAGGAUAUUUUGAUCUUGGAGUAUUAGAAUGCAUCAGUUGUAAACCAUAUCAAAAUGUAAAUGCCUCACAUCCUUGUUAUUCAUAAUGUGGAGAUAAUAUAUUGCAAUGGGAUGAGGAAUGCGAUGAUGGAAACAAUAAUUCCAGAGAUGGUUGCGUUGAUUGUUAUUUCACCACUGAUAGAUGCAGAUCUAAUAUUUGCAAGAAGUGUUAUUAAGGUUAUUGUUAAAUCUGUAAUGAUGGAUACUAUUUAAAUGGAAACAAUGAGUGCUAAUAAUGUUCCUAAAGUUGUCUUACCUGUAUCACUUCUUAGGACAAUUGUGUAUAAUGCAGAUUCACAUUAGAAGAUAAAACUUGCAAGAUGUGUGAAUAAGAAUUUGGAUUUUAAAUUAAGGAUGAUAAAUGCACAGCUAUCUGUGGUGAUAACAUAUUAGUUGAUAUUGAAUAAUGCGAUGAUGGUAAUAUCAUUGAUGGAGAUGGAUGCAAUUCUUAGUGUCAGGUAGAAGAAGGAUUCAUAUGCAAUCCAACUUGCGAAAUUAUUAAUCCAAUAGAUUUUAUGUUGAAAUCUGAUCCCAAAGACAAGUAUUUCAAUAAUAAGAGAUAUUGUUACUUAGAUUUCAAUUAAGAUGUAGCCAUUUAUGGAAAUUUAUCUUCUAUGAUCAAUUUGUAAUUUAAUAAUUCAUAGGUUGGAUAUAAUUCAAAUAUCACAAAUUUGAAUCCCUAAUCUCUUUUAAUUGAAAUCCAAUUUUUGACCGAUAUUGAAAAUCCUUUUCUAUAGGUUGAAAUUACUACUCCAUAAAAAAUUAAAAAUUAGCAAGGAGCUAUCUUGGAAAAUAACAUCUAAAAAAUCUAACUACUAUCGUAUAUUAAACAAAGUGAAGGUACUAAGUCAGCUACAAAUAGUUCAUCUAAUUUUGCUUAUUUUAUUAUGGUAUUUCUAUUGAGUUUAGCUGGUUUUUCUUUUAUUACUGGUGGAUUGAAUAUAUUUUUUAACUUAUUGGAUUCAAUUUAAAUGUUAGCCUAUUUAAAGUACUUAAAUAUUAUUUUCCCCUAUAAUUUGUAGAUGUAUUUUGAAACCUUUGGAUUCGCCGAAUUUGAUUUCUUAAAAGAGUAUAUAUCAGUUCAGUUAACAAUUCUUGAUUUUGAUUUUAAAAUGUCCGAGAAUCAGCCAGAUUAGAAGUUUGCAGAAGAAGGAUACUCCUCCUUAUUUGUCAUAAACAUACUUAGUGUGUUGAGUGUAUUUGUUAUUACUUAUUGCACUUUCAUGCUUUCAAUAAUACUUAAUAAACUAUGUAAUUACUACAUUCACUAUCUUCAUAAUAAAAUCUCUGAUGAUAUUUAUUUCGUCCUGGGGAUGUUUUAAUAUUACCUCUAUAUUGGAGCAAAGCAUCUAUUAUUCCUAUCUGGUAUUUAUACUUCUCAAAUCCACAACAAUAUAAUCAGAACUAUUUUGACUGUUGCAAUGGAUUUUAAUAUGGCAAUGUUUUUAUAAUUGAAGAUGUAUCAAAAUGAUAUGGGAUUUAGUUAUUAUUUGAGUGUAAUUGCUUUUAUUGCUCAACUAUUAUUCAUUUAUUAUGGCUUAAAUGCAAUAUCUAAAAAAUAGUACGAAUUUGUUACUCAAACAUAUAAAUAGAAGCAUGAAUCCUUUUUAGAAGGCAACCCAGAAAUUCAUUAGAAUUAAUUCGUAAAAUAUUACAAUCUAAUGAUCCUAAUUAAAAAAAUGAUGUUCAUGUUUUCCUUAAUAUUUCUAUACCAUUGUCCUUCCUUUCAAAUUUUGAUAUCCUCUAUUUAGAAUAUCAUUUUUAUUGGAUACAUUAUCCUGACCAAACCUCUGAAAGAUAUUAAUGAAUUCUAUAAGGUAAUUUUGACAGAGUGUAUUUUGUGGUUGGAACAAUUGUUUAUCCUCUUAAUUUAUUAUAUUCAAUCAGGAACCAAUUAAUUGGAUCAAUCUUAAAUUUCAAAUAUGGAAAUCUUGGGAUGGGUUAUUAUUGGAUUAUCAGUUGUCAUGCUCUUAAUAUAGUUUUUGAUUGAUAUUAAACAGCAUGCUUAUUUUCUAUAUCAAUAGUAUUCCUUCAUUUAGAGGAUGUUUAAAUUCGUUAGUCUGGUCUUCAAUAAAUAAGUAUAAUAAGUGGACUAGAUUGCAGAGGAACUGAUAAAGGAGGAAAAAAAUAUAAAGUCAAAAACUAAAAUAAUUACUUAUCAAUUCACAAUGGAGAGAAAAAUUUAUGACAUAUGA